AUGGCCUCCCACCCCGUCUUCAGCAACUCCAAGUUUUCGGAUUCCACCGUCCUCGCCGAGGUCGCCAAGAUCCGCAAGGUCGCCGACGUGCCUCGCCCUGCGACCGCGGCGGGGAAGGCUGCGUGGGCGAUGGCCUGGACGCACCUCGUCGUCUGGAACUCGUGGCGCGCCGCAUACUUCUACGCAGACAAGGUUCCCACUGGCGACUUUGAGGCCUUCCACCAAUACGCAACGCGCUCGAUCCAGUUCCUCGUUGAGCAUCAUGACGCCGAGGAGAGCUCGCUCUUUCCUGAGCUCGAGAAGAAGAUUCCGGGGUCGAUGGCGAAGAACGAGGAGCAGCAUAAAGCAUUUUUGGGACCGCUGGGCGAUAUGCUCAAGUACGUCGAAUCUUCAACCGCUGAAAAAUUCGAUGCUGCGACGUUCCGGGGUCAGAUGGACGCCAUCUUGCCUGCUGUGAUGGAACACUUGGCCGAGGAACUAGACACAAUUGAGGCUGGCAAGCUCAGCGAUAAGCUUUCCGAAGAGGAGAUUACGGCUCUCAACACCGCGCUUCACAUGGCGCAGCGUGGCGACGAUAACAAGUUCGCGCUCCCGUUCGUCGUGCAGAGCCUACCACCCGGUUGCGGUUUCCCUCCUGCUCCGGGGUUUGUCAAGACCGUGAUUGGACCCUGGAUGUUGUACUGGAAGUAUGCUAGCCUUUGGAAGUAUACCGCGUACCCGUGGAAGGCUUCUUUGGAGCCAGUGCCCGAUUUCUGA